AUGAAAUCCACACUGUCGUUCUUGUCUUGGCUAGCUUUGGCCAAAGGCGCUACCGUUCAUCAGCAACCGCUACCAACGGUAGACCUUGGAUAUCAGGUCCACCGAGCAAUCUCAUUCGAUGAAACCAUCAAAGCUUACAACUUCACAAACAUUCCCUUUGCCGAGCCUCCCCUAGGUUCUCUUAGAUUCAACGCGCCAGUUCCACCCAAAGGACGUAAAUCGGGCAUUCAAGACGGAAGCGUUGGCAAAGUUUGCCCACAGGCGUUUCCCAAUUGGCUGGCAAUGUCCUCAGCGCCUGAUGGUCGGACUACAGAAGAUUGUCUUGUUCUAGACGUUUUGGUCCCACAAAAGGUGUUCAAUGAGAAGCGUAGUAAGGCUAGCAAAGGAGCCCCGGUUUUGGUAUGGAUAUAUGGGGGUGGAUAUAUCCUUGGGGAUAAGACAAUGAUGGGGGUCCCAAAUGGUGUCAUGGCCGCAACUCAAACAAAAGGUAGCGACGGCGCCAUCUGGGUGGCUAUGAAUUACCGUCUUGGCGCUUUUGGAUUUCUCUCUGGCCCCACGUUUCUGGAGCAAGGUGGCGUUGCGAACGCUGGGCUUUUAGACCAGAGACUUGCACUUGAAUGGGUUCAGAAGAAUAUCCACUUGUUCGGAGGCGAUCCCGAUAAUGUAACUGUUAUGGGUGUUUCUGCUGGUGGCGGAUCGAUCAUGCACCAAAUCACGGCCUAUGGUGGGCAAAAGCCUGCUCCCUUCCGUCGAGCUAUCCCCCAAUCGGCCGGUCUUGUCCCAGUACCUGGAAAUAAGAAAGCAGAGCAGGCGUUCGAUGGGUUCCUCGAGCUUCUUAACGUUACGACGCUGGCUGAAGCACGGGCCUUGUCUUCGGAGAAACUGAUAGCUGCGAAUGCGAAGCAAGUCAGCACUGCUCCCUAUGGCGGAUUUGUACACGGCCCAACGGUUGACGGAUCUUUUGUGCCGGGAAUGCCCUCGAAGUUGUUUCUCCAAGGCUCGUAUGCCAAGGAUAUAGAGAUCAUUUCCACUUUCAACGCCAAUGAGGGAGUUCUCUUUACGGACCCUGCUGCCUAUAACGACGAGACGCUAUUCAGGAAGCAGAUUCAAGACAUCUUCACCACGUUGUCAAGCGAUGAUGCCGAUUUUAUCUUUGAGACGCUUUACCCUACCAAAUAUGAUGGAUCUAUGCCGUACACUAAUUCCUUGGGCCGAGCGCAGCUAGUCAUUGCUGAAGCUUCAAUUUUUUGCAACCAAAACUCAAUGGUCAAGGCCGCACAAAAACAAGGCGUGGCUGCAUUCGCGUUUCAAAACUCCAUCUGGCCAGCAAUCCAUGGGUCUGACCAACGUUAUCUUUUCCCUUCAGGGCCGACGACACCUGCGAACGCCCAAGUUUCGACCGUUAUGUGGGAUAUCAUUGCUGGAUUUGUCAACAAUGGCUCUCCGAUCAAACCCCCAGUUCACAGCGCCUCGAUUCCUGCAUACGGGAAGAGUGACUCUAUUUUGAACUUGCUAGAUAAUGCUUACUCAGUUAUUCGCGACCCAACCACAAACGCAAGAUGCGAUUGGUGGCAAAAGGCCCUGUACUACUGA